UGCAUCAAAAAAAUAAAAAAUAAAUAAAUUUAUACUCUUCUUUUCCUUGAGAGAUUAAUUUGAACAAUCUCUUGGUGAAAUGGAGAAGGGUGUAGGUAUUAGUAGUAGUAAUAAUUAUUCACCUGUUCUUGCAGUAUUUGUUGUUCUUGUGGUGCUCCUAGCAUCACCAUGGCCGGCCUCGUCGCAGAACCAGCAAAAUACCUUCACCGUCAACCCCGCCGCCGCGAGGAACAAGGCGGCGAGCUCCGGCGCCGCCGGCAGCUUCAGCGAGUUCAUCACCGAGAACGUGCAGCACUACGUCCUCAGCGAGAGGAAGUACGCCAGCAAGGCGAAGGCGUUGGACGCGGAGCUGUCGGCGGCGGAGGCCGGCGCGGCGAGGUACGUGGUGAGCGCCGACGGGAAGGGCAGGUUCAAGACCGUCGGCGACGCCGUCAGGGCCGUGCCGGAGAAGAACAAGAAGAGGGUCAUCCUCGACAUCCGGCCUGGCACCUACAAGGAGAAGGUUCUGAUCCCGUACACGAAGCCGUUCAUCACGUUCGUGGGGAACCCGAAGAGCCCGCCGACGAUCACGUGGGACGACACGGCGGCGACGCGCGGCAAGGACGGCGCGCCCGUCGGCACCGUCGGCAGCGCCACCGUCGCCGUCGAGGCGGACUACUUCAUGGCCUCCGGCGUCGUCUUCAAGAACCACGCGCCGAUGGCGGCGCCGGGGCAGAAGGGCGGGCAGGCGGUGGCGCUGCGGGUGUUCGGCAGCAAGGCGGCGCUGUACAACUGCACCAUCGACGGCGGGCAGGACACGCUGUACGACCACAAGGGCCUCCAUUACUUCAAGAACUGCGUCAUCAAGGGCAGCGUCGACUUCAUCUUCGGCUUCGGCAGGUCCCUCUACGAGGAUUGCACGGUCGUGUCGGUGACGAGCCAGGUGGCGGUGCUGACGGCGCAGCAGAGGAGCAAGAGCAUCGCCGACGCCAUCGACACCGGAUUCUCCUUCCUACGGUGCAGGAUCACCGGCAUUGGGCAGAUCUACCUAGGCCGGGCGUGGGGUGACUCGUCGCGGGUCGUCUACUCCUACACCACCAUGGGCAAGGAGGUCGUGCCGGUCGGCUGGGACGGCUGGAACAUCCAAAAACCUGAACAUAGCGGGAUAUACUACGGGGAGUACAAAUGCAGCGGGCCAGGGGCGCUGUCGAGCAAGAGGAUCGGGUGGUCGCUGGUGCUGAGCGACGUCCAGGCCAAGCCCUUCACCGGAACGCACUUCGUCUACGGCGACUCCUGGAUCCUGCCACCGCCCAAGACCACCUAGACAGCUAUAUAUAUGUAUAUUUUGCCUGAGCUAACAUGUAUAGGGAACCAGUCAAAUACUGCCAAGGCUAUAAGUGGACCAGUCUAACAACCUGUUUAUUUAUAGAUUAAUUAAGCGGGUAACCUAUCGAAUAGCCCACUUAAUUAGCCUAUAAGCGGGUUGAUGGGUAUGUGCACUUAUACCCCUAAAUACUAGUACUCCUAUUAUACGGGGCUGCCCCCCUACAAGGGUGAGACGAAUUUUUCUCGCUGUUUGUGAUAACCGGACUUACUGCUGGAGCGCGGUAGCAAAAACCGCUCGAGUUCGGAAGUAAUGUAAAAAAAGAGCAAAAGUUUUGGUAAAAUCCAUCCGGUUACCAUGCUUAAUGCACAGAAAAGAUAACCCCUAGCUUGUUGUUAGUAAAGGAGACUUUGGAUAUGAGACAAACUUCUCUAUCAAAUGAACCUCUAAGUACUAUGGUU